AUGUCUUCAUAUGAUAUCCACACGAACAAGACAUGUCCUUUCAACUUCUCGUUGUCUGACACAGCGAUCAGCAAGGCGUUGGCAAGAUGGCGGACAGCCAGACCUCGAGAGAAGAUAUUGACAAUAUCAUUGCAAGGUCGCCUAGGAAAUCACAUGUUUCAAUACGCUUCCUUGUUGGGAAUUGCAUUUUUGUCAGGAAGAGUUCCUGUUUUGGAAAACUCUUUAACAACCCAAAACCUUACAAAACUCUUCGACAUAUCCUUCGUAGGAAAUGUCAGCAAGGCGAACAUGGCCAGUUUCCAUGAGACGAAAUAUGCGUCAUAUGACUGCGAGCUCUACAACCUGCCUGAUUCGAAAAUCGAGGUACAAGGGUACAGGCAAUCGUGGAAGUACUUCUACUCUAUCAGAACUGAAAUAAGAAAGGAAUUUACGUUCGUUCAAAAAUACCGGAAUCUCAGCGCUCAGUGUUUCCAGAAAUACACAGGUCAGUAUAAAAACAGAUCCGUCAUCGGGUUGCACGUACGAAGGACGGAUAUGACACAGUACAGGGAGAUGGGUUACACAUCAGCCCCCUUGUCCUACAUACGUAAAGCUAUCAGACAUAUGAAAACAAAGUUUCGUGAUCCCAUUUUUCUUAUUGCAACCGAUGACAAAAGAUGGUGUCGAAAAAAUCUACAGUCCCCGGAUGUUAUUCUAAUGGACAACACAGAUCCUUAUUUGGACUUUGCAACCUUGACCUUGUGUGAUCACAUGAUCAUGACAGUGGGGACAUUCGGAUGGUGGGCCGCCUGGCUGAGCAAUGGGUACACCGUGUACUACAAAGAUUAUCCAAGAGCUGGUUCCUGGCUUGCCUCGGAGUUCACUGAUGCUGAUUAUUUCAUGCCAGAUUGGGUACCACUAGGUGCAUGA